CACUCCACGUGGUGUCGCUGUUUAUGAAUGAGCCGCGUUUCGUGACAGCUCCACAAAGCCGCACACCACGACAACGCCACCACACACAGGCAACGCAGACAACACUCCUCCCUCGUCCCUCCGCUAUCCCCGCAAAUCCAAGCGGAUCCCGGUGUUGCUUCUGCCCCCCCCCCUCCCAGCGUCCCCCAUCCAUGGCUUGGACGCGGCAGUCCGGGACCCCAGAGGCCGAGGAGGACCCCGUGUUCGAUGAAGAGGGAGACGAGCGGGACCUGAGGCUAUUGGAGUGGCGAGGCCUCAUGGCGAAGAGAGAGAAGGAGGGCUACGUGGCUGGCCUGGAGGAAGGCAAGGAGGCCACCCUGCAGAACGGCUUCAACCUGGGCUUCGGCCGGGCGGUCGAGAGGGCGUUUCACACGUGGCAGCUGAGUGGGGCGCUGCGAGCACUGGAGUCGUGGAACGAUCAGAACGCUGGUGCCUCGGACACAAGGAGAGAGCUAAAGGAACUGCAGGCUGCGUUUAGCGAGUUGGGACAGGCCAUGAUGGCGUGCGUUGGUGCAGAGUGCGAUGGCACCAUGGAUACCGACGACCUAGGCGAGGCCCUAGAGAGCAUGGACAUACAAUCUACAGCACGCGAUGUGGAUUGUCCACCAGUUGUGGGCAGUGGCUUUGCCAACCCCCCGUGGACACAAGGCAUGGAUGCAUACUCUGAAGAGAACAAAAAUGAGUGCGACCCUGUGGAUUUAUGUAAAAGCGAGCUGGCAUCUGUCCACAAUUGCACCCCCAAUGGGAGCGUUGGAUGGAAUGAAUUGCAGAUCAGGUUUCAGCAGCUACGUGAGAGGUGUGAAGCACUGCUGGGCCAAGCUGGACUGACUCGAGACAAUAUUGCACUGAUCUUGUGUGAACAUAUUGGAAAUUAAAUGCGAAUAGGACAAUGGACAACAUAGAAUGUUCUCACGUGGUAAUUUAACAUAUUAAACAAUACUGAAGUGUAAAAAAUAAAUUAUAUGGACAUUGUGUUUUUGAUAUUCUUGCCAUUCAGCUCUCCAAGACUGCAUGAGUGAAAAGAGCCAGGUGUUUUUUUUCCACAUUGGACUUUUUUUUUAUUGGCGACAGGUUGUGAAGCAGUAAUUGUUUCGAGCAAGUUUGGAACUGAAAUUGUGUGAUUUGCCAUAUCUACCAUAAAAUUCGGAGUAUAAAUAUAAUCAAAUAUACAUUAACACUGAAAAUGUGCCAAGUUUAAAUGCGAAAAGCAAUAAAAAUUAAUUGGAAAAUCCUCAUGUCAAGUCUCAAAUGCAUCGAUAAACAGAUCUAUAUGAAAACAUUGCGACGUUUUAUAUCACAGUAACAAACAGCUUUAAUUUAUGUGUAAUUACAAUAUAGUUUAUUUAUGCAUACAAAUAUAAACAUUCAUUAAAAUACAUUUUUUUACGUUGUCUUCCAACAAACUGAGGCAUAACUUUUAAACACAGCUGAACCUUGAAAACUCACACACCACACCUUGUAAACCAUGCAGCAAUGCAUAGUGGUACUGGAAUGAGGACGCAUGUUCACUACUCAAAUGCCUGUCAUGUAAACAAGCCUAACUACUGCAUGUGUAUAGGGAAACUAGCAAAAGUGCUCAGGGUUUAAUUAAAAACCAAGCUAAUUUACAAGGCCUUUUCACACUUAGUGUCCAAAGGUGUAAAAAUAAAAAUCUUCCUAACAUCAGUUGGACUUUUCCAUUUAACUAUUUUACAUUUUAAGUGCUACACAGUAUUACCCACAUAAAUAUUGGAGAGUAGGAUGAAAAAGGAUUUUGCACAGUGCUUUUACUUAGGCUAUAGCUUAUAACUUCACGUAGAGCUGCCAAUCAAAGCUUCAUUCAUAAGAUCAUCAUCUAUCACGCAUGGGCUCGGCUGCUGCGAGGUACCAGAUCCGGAUCUGAAAGACAGGUUGGAUAACGGAGGCUGUUCGCUGAGAAGAGGAGACUUGGGGUAGUUUUCUGGUUGUGUGCUAUGGUGUAGUUUUUCUUGAUCUUGUGCAUGGUUCACUUCUUUGUUUCUCCUUUUUUUAUUGCUCUUAGAAGGUCGCUCUCCCGACAGGUCGAUGAGCAAAUUACCUCCAUCCUCUGAACUCAAGCUAUCGUAUGUGGAGCUUGACUCGGACUCGCUGCAGCUGUCACCUGUUGGCUGUGGGUAUGCUGGCGAUUUGAUGCAACUCGGCGAGGGCCGGUCCAUUUUGGGGGUAGAACUUUCAGAAAUAAAAUGUGAUCCAUACGCUUG